AUGAGUGUCAAUAGCAAUUGCAACGUCCAUGACCCCGGGUUCCGAGAAAGCAAGCCCUCGCAAGGAGAUCCAUCGCGGCCAGUCGCGGAUUUGUUUCGGCUAGAUGGCCGAACUAUCGUUAGUAAGGUGCCAGACAAUCCUCUUGCAAUAGCAAAGGCUGAUCAAUUAUUGCUUGAUCCAGUAACCGGUGCCAAUGGCUUCCUAGGAACUACACUGGCUAUGGCCAUCCUUGAAAGUGGUGGCGAUGUGGUUUGUCUCGACUUACCUGGGGAGCCUACGGCGACAAAUUGGAAUGUAACAGAUGAGGUUGAACAGACAGCAUUGAAAUAUGCUCGUAGCCUGUCCUACUGGCCUCUCGACGUCACGAACGAGACUAUGGUUGCCGAUGUAUUUGCCAAGUUCAUGCCCACGCUUCGAUUUCCCCUUCGAGGACUUGUCGUCUGUGCUGGGAUCUCGCGAAAUGGACCCGCCAUUAGCUUCCCCAUCUCAACUGUUCGUGAAAUGCUAGACGUCAAUGUCAGCGGAGCAUUCUUAGCGGCACAGGCAGCCGCCUGGGAAAUGAGGCAGUCUGAUGUCAGCGGUAGCAUCGUCCUUGUAGCAAGUAUGAGCGGAUACGUAUCGAACAAGGGCGUUGACACUGCCGGAUACAACGCCUCAAAAGCUGCAGUACAGCAGCUAGCCCGGUCAUUGGCGGCGGAAUGGGGAUCACGAAAAGGUAUGCCCCUAAUCCGGGUUAACUCACUUUCGCCUGGGUACAUCCGUACAGCUGCGACGGCGGAGGCUCUGCAAAAGCCUGGAUUGGAGGAACAGUGGGUCGGAGAUAAUAUGUUGUAUCGGCUGAGCACGGCGGAUGAGUUCCGGGCUCCGGUGCUGUUCAUGCUGGGUGAUGGGAGUAGCUUUAUGACUGGGUCUGAUUUGCGGGUGGAUGGUGGACAUUGUGCGUGGUAA